AUGGUGGGGCAAACAAUAGGUGAAAUAAUUCCUGAUAUUUAUAUUAAUAAACCAUUUGAAGUGAUGGAAGAAAAUAAAUCUACAAAAUACAAUAUUCAAUAUGCAAUACGAUUAGGAAUAUUUAAUUAUGCAUACAAUGGAAUAGAAGAUAAAACAAAAAAAGAAGUUCUUAUUAAAUACAUAUCAACAAAUAGUUUAUUAUUAACUAAUUCAUUAAUAAAUAUUUUAAAAAGUAAAAAUAACUCAUCAAAUUAUUUAUUAAAUUUUAUAAGUACUGGAAUUUGUAAAAAUUACAAAAGUCCAUUUUUAAUUAUGGCAGGUGGUUGGAAUAAUUUAUCUGAAUUAAUUAAUUGGCAUGGACCAAGAGUAUAUAAUCCUGAUACAUUUUUAAUUCCUGCAAUUGAUGCUAUCAAUUUUCUUGAUAAUUGUGAUAUUGUACAUGGAUAUUUAAAAACUUCAUCAUUUUGGUAUAAACAACAAGAUAAAUGUAAAAAUGAUUCUAAUUGUCGUUUAUUAUGUAUUGAAAAAAUAAUACUAGGUGAUUAUGAAAAAUCUUUUUUAGAUGAUAAAUAUUUUGAAAAUAUUAAUACAAUUAGUAAUACAUCAAAUAAUUCUUCUGAAAUAAUUAAUAUUUCAAAACAAAGAAGUGAAGGUAGUGCAUGUAAUUUAAAAUAUUGUGCAGCCAUAAAUCAUACUUCUAGAAAUCGUAGUCAAAUUAAUGAUUAUGAAAGUCUUUUUUAUAUUUUAAUUGAAUUAUAUGAACAUAGAUUACCCUGGGAACAUCUUCAUAGUGAUGAAAAAAUGAUAAAACAAAAAAAGGAAGCUUUAAGAUCACCUGAAUGUUCAUUUUAUUAUAACACACCAGAAGAUCUUGCAGAAAUAGUAUGUAUAAUUGAUAAAUAUGUCUAUUUAAAAGAUCAUACAGAAAAACUUUAUAAUGUUAUUAAAGAGAAAUAUGAAUAUUAUAUAAAAAAAUAUUUAUUAAAUGAUUCAAAUAGUAAAAUGUUAAAUGAUACAGAAUAUGUACGUAUUGCUGGAAUAUUUCGUGCUAACAAUAAUAUUCCAACAAUAUAUAAUAAAACAUAUGUACCACCAGGAACAUGUUUAAUUACAAAUAAAAUUAAAUCAAAAGAUGAAGAUAAAAUUAUAUCACCAAGAAACAAUGAAAAACAAACUUUUGAUAACAAUGGAAAAGGAUUAACAAAAAACUAUGGUAAAAAAUUACUAGGAAAAUUAAAUAAAAACUCAGUUAGUAAUCAAUCUAAUGAACCAACUAAUAAAAUUACUAAAACUUCAUCAGAAAAACAUUUACAUAAUAUGAAAACUAGUGUGAAUAUUACUAAAACUGUAGUUGAAGAUAGUAAAAGAAAUAAACAUAUGAAAAAAUUAUUUUCCAAAAUUUUCAAACCAAAAUAA